GUUAGUUUCAUCGAUUUCAUCUCGCAUCCUCUGUGGGAGAUGUGGUCCGAUUUGGUGCAUCCUGCGGCACAGGACAUUCUUGAGCUGUUGGAGUACAACCGCAAUUGGUACUUCAACCUCAUCCAUGCUGACGAUCACCAUCAGCAACAGACAUCACAACAGACUAAGGAGACGGAUGAUUUCACUACCACCACCACAACAUCAACUACCACCACCACUACUACUACCUGA